AUGUCUUUGGUUCCAAGUUUCUUUGGCGGCCGAAGGAGCAACGUAUACGAUCCAUUCUCCCUCGAUGUUUGGGAUUUUCCACUUUCUGCUUCAUUCCCUCAGGAGAAUUCUGCUUUUGUGAGCACACGAGUGGACUGGAAGGAGACACCAGAAGCACACGUGUUCAAGGCUGAUCUUCCUGGGCUGAAGAAGGAGGAAGUGAAGGUUGAGAUUGAAGAUGACAGAGUCCUUCAGAUAAGCGGAGAGAGGAACGUUGAGAAAGAAGAUAAGAACGAUCAAUGGCAUCGGGUUGAACGCAGCAGUGGAAAAUUCAUGAGGAGAUUCAGAUUGCCUGAGAAUGCAAAAAUUGAAGAAGUGAAAGCUUCCAUUGAGAAUGGUAUUCUAACUGUCACCAUUCCAAAAGAAGAACAAGUUAAGAAGCCUGAUGUAAAGUCCAUUGAAAUCUCUGGUUGA